UCGAAGACGAACGGAAGAGCGUUUCUGAAAACGAUUUCACCGGUACCGCGAGACAAAUCGCUCACACCUAUCGCUACCAACCGUGGUGGGGCCGCGAAAUCGAGCGGGGAAUUGGUAAGCCUGUCGGCUGGCUACGUUCUUUCACUCGGAGACUGUCAGAGCCCACAGUUCUAACUCGGCCUCAGGCUACGAUAGGUCGUGUCUCGUCGGUUCGAUCUUGCCGCGAAUUCGUCUCGCACGCGUCGCUCUUGCUUCUUAUGAUUAAAAGAUCUCGGAUUUCGGUGAAAUUUACCGUUGACUUUCUCGCGUUUACGUACCACAACAGUUGUUCCUUAAAAUAGUUGCUUCUCGGUUGUUUCCAGUGUUGAUGAAUACAAGGAUUCAAGGAUGCUUGUUUAUCGUUACAGGACUACAUACUAAGAGACAGGAUAGCAAGAGAUGUUUCCGAAAUUGCGAUACUGCUAAAGGCCACGUCUGAUUAAAUAAUUCGUAAAUCAGAUCGAAAAAUGCAGUCAGCGCUGUUAUUCUUCAUCCUCCUGAGUUACUCAGGAUGGGUGAAUGGGCUGUGCGAUCUCGUGAAUGGUACCAUGGCCCAUUGUCACGAACUUGAAGAUGUCAAAUACAUCGAAACUUACGACCUUGAAUCGCUGAAAGCCUUCGUGUCAAAGCCAAUCCUUCAUCCAGGUCUCUUCGUCAAUUUAACCAGCCUUCGACACCUAGAUCUAUCUAAAAGCGGCAUAGAGGGAAUAGAAUCAAAAACAUUUCGCCAAUUGAAGAAUCUACAUAGUUUGGAUCUCUCCGAAAAUCUUCUGGAAUCCUUAGAACUAGGCUCCAUAGACGGUCUGAAUCACCUUCACAAGCUAGAUCUUCGUAAGAAUAAUUUCCAACAAUUGCCACCAGUAUUGGCUCGUCUGAAAAUUCUCAAGUACCUAGACAUCCAAGGCAAUCCUUUGCAAUGUAACUGUGCAACGCUAAGAGUAAGAGAUUUAAUCCUGAAGAGGGGCGUGAAGAUCAUGAAGAAGGUCCUUUGCGUUGGUCCAGGUAACCUGAAAGGAACCUCGCUUUUCAAGGUAGACACGACGAUCGUUUGUCGUUUCGAGGAACAGGAUCGUGAGAUGCAGAACGAUCAAUCGUACAAAGACUCAGAGGACGAAUUCGGUUCUGGAGACGAGAACAGUGGAGAGUUCGAGGAGAUUUUAAACGGCUCCUCCGAAUCUCCCAAAGAAAUAGAAAUCGAAACCCCAUUUCCGAACGACCCUGAAGUAUCUACCCCUUCGAUCAUCCAAUCAUCGUUUCCGGAGACCAGCGAAUCCUUGCAGACCAGUAACAUUGAGUCAGCAGCGACGACGCAGAUGAUGCUGAUAGAAACGGUGGAUAAAGACGAGCAAAUUUUCUUCGGCUCCGAGGAGAAAACGUCUACAGCUGUUGCACCGACCGAGAGGAAGAAGGAAUACGUGGAUCAUUUGUUUCAUCCUGCUGAAGGUUCCGGGGACGAGGAAGGCUCUGGGGAGGGUUCGGGUACGGGUGAGAUUUUCGGCGACUGGACAAGAGUCGGGGAAGUGGAGAGGACUAGCGAGAAGGAUGAGGAAUCUUCAUCUUCCAGCAACGGAUUGAUUGAUAUGUUUUUCAACUGGAUUUCGGCUAGUACGGAGGCUCCGAGCAUUGAGAAAGACCCUGACUUGGAGGAGGAACAAUUCAUCGACGUGACUACGAUGAAUGUAGAAGCUGUCACCCGGAAGGUCCAUUUGGACGAAGCAGUGUCGAGCACCACCGAGAGGAUCAAGGAUGGAACGAUGGUUCCUCUCGAUGGAGUCGAAAUAGUCGACACUGAAUUACACGACAAGUCGAAGUUAGGUAACGUUAAAGUUGAUGACGGGGAUGAGCUAACCGACGAGUCAGCCGAAGUGUCCCAAGCGAAGCAAUCGAAGAAAGGAAUGGGUUCUUACGUGGUUCUUGCCGCUCUGCUGGCUAUUCUGGCGACUCUGAUAGGAUUCGCGGCUUACAAAGGCGAUUUCUGCAAGAAGAAGAGAAAACGAGGUGACGUUGAACACGGGACCGAGCUGAAAGACAUGCAGAAAGCUUUGUUAGAGACGGGCAAUUCGACGCAGCCGAAAGUGGCUUCGAAUGGAAACGUGGAAAGCUCUCCUCUGGUCCAGGAUGCAGACCAAGUUGAAAUAAAAUCCUCCGACGAUCGUCAGACGACGAUAGACGUAUCUAAACCUCCAAAUACCAUUUCUGAACGCACGGAACCGGUGAAACCUAUUAGAAAUUCGCAGAAUGUUCAAAGACUCAAAGAUACGAUUGAUGAGUCCAGUUCUUUGAACGACGAUUCUUCUUCCGCGAGGAUAAGUUCUGUAGAUGUGAUUGAUAAUUGUCCGGUGAACGGAUCACCGGAAGUCCACGGACCUCCUUUAAGUCCUGGUGCUCAAAGAGUGAAGAUUACUUUGCAGGAAAACCCCGACAGCGUGCCGAAGACGCCCAUACUCAUCACAAGAACGAUGGCUGGUGAGAAUCUAGUCAAAACACCCUGAAAUAAACUGCGAUAGUAACAAGUUGAUGAGACCCGAUAUUUGAACUCAAUCAUUUCAAAUGAAACAUAUCUGUGAAUGAUAAAGAGAGGACCUACUAUGAUUGUGUUUCAAUUCAGAAGAGGUUCGUAGCAGUGCCAGUGUUCCUAGGCCCAUGCAUUUAUGGCCGUUGAUUGCGAUGAACUGCUAAAACAAGGUGUAUGAAAUGUGGAUCAAGACUGUUUUCAAUGAAAGUUCAUUUUCAUAGGUUACGACAAAAAGGAACAGAGCCGCCCUUGGCAGCGCGCAAACGGGGCACGAUACUUGCCCCGUACUGUUCACCGCUCACAAGAAGUCCCAUGGGACGACACAAGGGCAAGAGGGGAUACUACGUACACAUCGACCCCCUAGUUGUACACGAGCCUAAUUAGUAGAUGUGGCCGCUUUGACCAAUCAUACGUCACGAUCGAAAAUACGUGUAAGCUGUGGUAAUCAGAUUGCGUUACGCUCAUGGGACUUCUUGCGAUCGGUGAACAAUACAAAUUUUCGCAAUUUGUAAAAAUUAAUUAAAUUGAAUACGAAUAAUCCAGUUAUCAAUUCUUGAAUCGUAUCUUUAAAACUGUGAAAUUACAGUUUUCUGAAUAAUAGGAAUUUCUAUAAUUAUGCAACAAAUGAAUUUGACUUAUAUUAGUCGCAAAUUUUUAUAUUUUAACGCCAUUUCAUAACAAAUGACAAAUAUAGAAUACAUGGAGUUAUGUAUUAGUAGUUUAUAGUUUUAUUAGAAUAGAUUUUAAAAUUAUCUGUUUGCAAUAAUAUUGACUUUGCCCCGGGCCCAGCAAACUCUAGAGACAGCUCUGCAAAGGAUAAUUUGUUUAGAGAUAGUAAUAGAAGAGAUGAGUGAUUCUGUGAAAUAAAAUUGUACAUACUUGCAAAUAAUAGACAUAUGUGCAUAUAUGUGCAUAUUUAUGCACAGUAUCGAGUAGAGUAGGUUUCCCUGGGGAAAAUGACAAAGUCCCAAACUUCUCCUCCCACCUAUAGACUUCUACCGGUCCCUAUCCUUCCCCUUAACUACCAGGGGUUCCUGUGUAUCCCCAUAGGAAGUAUUGUAACAUGAUUUCCCCUAGAGAUGCCUACUUUGCCCAAUACUGUACGUAUAGAUGUACAUAUAACAUAAUAUAUAUAUGAAGUUUCAUUGUUUGUAUAAAAUUCAUGGAUGGAAAAAUAUUUGAUACAUUUUAUAUAAUGUGUAUUCAAUAUUAGCACACUAGUCAGUUCUGUCGAGGAUUUUCAUUUUUAUACAAAUUUCAAUGGAAUUCGAUUAAUCAUUAGUUUCAUUAGAAUCCUUUGACCUCUAAAUACGUACAUCAUUACACGAUUCUAACUUUAGUACUUUUUCUAUUUUUUAAAUUAGAUAAACAAUUUAAUUUAACAGACGGAUUAAAUUUUGCAAUAAAUUAUUUUAAUCGUGUACUAUAAUAAUAUGCCGAUAAAACGAAGGUUUUUGAGUAUAUAUUUAAAAAACACGAGAAAAUGUAAAGCGUAAACGUUUAUGAUAAGCAUUCCAAUUAAAUCACUCUAUUUAAUAAUUUAAUAAUGCCAUUAUCUGAGUGAUAAUAAAAAAAGAUGUUGAUAGAAAAUAAGAUAAUAUAA